GUGGUACCUUAUCUUUAUGGUUUCCGGUGAUAAUGGCAAUCUCCAUCCUAGCAACCCGGGCCCCACACUGAAAAUCUGUCAGUUGAGGCUCACCUCAUAUCUCCCUCCAUUGGCAUUCGGAACCCUGUUUGAAAUUCGAAAUUCUAGGCCUCAUUCAAAAUUAAAACAUGCCUCGCCUCUCGAUGCUCUGCGGGCUGUCGCGCAGAAUCAUCUGCUCCAGCACCGUUCACAGAAAUCUUUGGCGACUAUUGUCCGACAGUUCCGAUUCGACCAUUACCCCACACGCAUCGGACCAAACGGAUAAUAAUGUGAAGAAAUUCAAAAGGAAGACGCAAGCGGAGCACUCAAGUCACCUGUUUGUGUGGCCGGAGGCGAAGGACGAAAACGUGCACCAUGUUGAAGAGAGCAAGGAGGAUAGCAAUGACGACAUAACUGCAUCAUGGGGCUGGAAAAAUGACGAACUCGACGUGGAGCAAUUGGCAGGACUGCCAAGUCCUAAUGAGGUAGAGGAUCCCUACCGACCGGCAAUCAAUGAAUUCGAGGAUGAUCAGUUUCAUUUCGCUGAAGCUGACCAAUCAGGAAUUCAAGAAGAUUUACAAUUCGCCAGAACGCGCUCCCUGCGGGAACAGCUUACCCAGAAUCAGGAUUCCCAAGAACCUUUUACUAGCCUUGAGAAAACUUCUCUCACAUCCGUUCGAGAGAAUGUGGACUUCAUGAUGCAGGAGCUCAGUCAGAUUUCCCUUAUUUUGAAUACUAUGGGAGAAGCUGAAAACACAAUGGGAAUGGUUAACUCUGAGACGGAAAUGGGUUCCCUUGCCCUCAACCAACCCAAUACAAGUGAGAGUUUGGAUAAUGAGGAGACAACAAAUCACUUUUUGGACUCUGAGUUAGACAGUGCUACGUCCGGUCAAUCAGAUCUUGAGGGGAUUUCCGAUCAGUCUAUGGAGGUCUGGUCAGAGGUAGACAGUGCGUUGUCCGAGCCAUCUGAGAACCUAGAUCCUAGCGCGAAUUUGAGUCCGUCUUUCGAUUCCGAACUAGCCCAUCAACCCAAAUUGGAUCAUGAGAUGGAGGCAAAUCAGACUUUGGAUUCUGAGUUAUCUGCUGAAAUGUCUAAUCAAUAUUUGAUUUCCAAUGAGGACUUCGGGGAGGAGCUGCCAACAGAAUCUCACAAAAUCGAGGAAAUCGUGUCUGCUGAGAAUACUCAAGAGUCCAGUCCUUCGAAAACUAAUCAGAAUACUCCCAAGACUGAUGACACGCAGGACACUCAGCCAAAGGAGACCAUACACACCUACAGACCCUUUAGGACCAUCGAAGUGCCUGCUAAGAAGCCCACUAGUGGCCUGUGCACCGAGUCAAUGGAAGAGCAGCCCUCCACCCAGGAACCCCAAUCCGCCACAGGCGUCCACUUAGAUAGCGAGGGGUACAAAGUUUCUGCCGAGCUGACGGAGUCCGAAUCCCGACUUCUUAUGCGCAUGGCUCUGAAGCAAGCUUUAGUUGAUCUGGAGUCUGGCCAAAACAAAUACAAAGCAACCGUUCUGGAGGCCGAAACCGAGUGAAAUAGCAGCACCAAGAAGCAAAUAUAAAUAAGAUAGUAU